UUCUAUUUUUUGUAUUUUAAUAUUGUCAAAUUUCGCACAAAUAUAUAAAAUAUUACCAUGGCUGCUAUAGGAGCAAAAUUUUUUGAGAUCUUCCGUAAUUUGAAAUCUGAUGCAGUGCCCCGACCUCCGCGUCCCGGAGCUGAAGAAGUUUUCAGUGAAAAUGAUAACAGAGAGAAUGAAAGCGAAUUCAAUGGUAAUGGAGAACAGGAAGAUAUUGAUGCUGAUGUACGGAAAAAAGAAAAGAAAAAGACGCCAUUCAACAACAAUUUCUUUAAACCUGGUAAAAAAAAGAAGGACACUUUUGGAUCGCCCCCUAAGGCAGACAAAGAACAUAAACACAGUAACAACAACGUUAAUGUUCAAGCGACUGGAAAUGUAAUCAAUAUAGUGAACUCCCGUGAUGUCCACUGGGGUAAUGAAAUUGUUUAUUACAUGGGCCCAACUAAUGUUCAGUCAAAACAGGCCAAAGAAUAUGUAGAACACAUUGAAAAGAGUAACAUUAUCAUGCUUGUUAUGGAAGCAACAAUUCAACCUAAUCAUGAGUAUAUAGAUUACAUAUCAAAGAACCUUGGUAAAAACUGGCACAGUGUUUUUAUAGCACUUGGUUACAGCAAGAAUAGAAUUGAAACAUUUGAGAUAGACGAAGCUGGUAAAGGUAUAUCAGAGGUUCGUUAUAAACUUCUAUUAGAUUGGGUACGAAAUGAUGAUGAUGGGACAUUAGGGAAGCUUACAACUCAACUAUGGGAAGAAGGAGAGAGACAGCUGGUAAAAGAGUUGGCCAUCAUAUACAAAAAGAACAAGCAAUAAAGAACACAGCAUAAUGACAAUUUAAUAGCUAAUUAAUUAUUAUUAAGAAAAUGUGAUGCUAAAAAACUUUUAAUAUGUCAAUAAUUUAAUUAUUAUCUUCAUAGACAAUAUAGUCUAUGAUGUAAUAUCAGUCUGUGAUUUA